AUGACUAUCAUCGGGAUCGAUCUGGGGACAUCCAACACAUGCGCUGCUUUUUUCAGGGACGGGAAGCCAGAAUUAGUUUUCGAUGUUUCAUGUGGAGAUCGUGUUAUCCCCAGUUAUGUUGCUUACGAUGGAAAUGAAUGGAUGGUGGGUCCGACUGCGAAGCAUAACUCGCUGGACAACCUUAAAAACACUGUGUUUGAGGCAAAGAGAUUAAUUGGACGUCUAUAUGCUGACCCAGAGGUGACAAAUCGCAUGUGGCUGUGGCCAUUUGAAAUAGUGAACAGGGAUAGUGUACCCCACAUACGCCUCGAAAAACAGGUAUUUUCCGUGGAAUUUAUUCAGUCGAAGCUCUUGGAAUAUGUGAAGCACUGUGCUGAAAGUCAGCUAAAGGAAUCGGUCAACGAGGCCGUAAUCAGUGUGCCAGCCUAUUUUAGUUCAGACCAGCGCGAUGCAACGAAGCGAGCUGCGAAGAUGGCUGGGCUAUCUGUACGCCAGCUCAUUCACGAACCAACGGCGGCAGCUAUUGCUUAUGGCUGGAAAUGUCAGAGUAAGUCCGAUCGAACUGUGCUCAUCUACGAUCUCGGCGGGGGUACAUUUGACGUUUCAAUACUGAAAAUAACCGGUCGGUCAUACUCCGUCCUGGCUGUCAAUGGAGAUAUUAGUUUAGGUGGUCGGGACAUUGACGAAAAUAUGGUGAAAAAAUUUGUGGAAGAAGUAAAGCCUCGCAGGGACAUCACCAAGGACUGCAAAGCCAUUUUUGAACUUAGAGAAAAAUGCGAGAUAGCCAAGCGAACUCUCACAUGCAAUGUUAAAACCAAGCUGUUUGUGGCUGAUUUGGGAGGCAAAAUUGACUUUAGGCGUGAUUUGUCCCAGGCCGAGUUUGUGCAACUUAAUCAAGAAAUAUUCAACCGAACGCUAGAUAUAGUGAAACAGGCACUUUCCGACGCGAAUUUGGAAAAAGAUCAAGUGGAUGAAGUCUUGAUGGUUGGUGGUUCGAGCCGGAUUCCUAAAAUCCAGCAGAUGCUUGUUGAAUUUUUCGGACGGGAUUGUUUGAAUAAGUCGCUUAAUCCAGAUGAGGUCGUGGGACAGGGAGCGGCUAUUUUGGCAGGCAGUUUAGAAAAUGAACCUCCUGAAGAAACAAGGGGAUUUGAGCUAUUCGAGGUAACCCCGCGUUCACUGGGGACAGACAUUUUAGGAGGCGUUGUGAGUUGCGUAGUUAAACGAAACACACGACUUCCAUGUAGGAAUCAGGAGAGAUUUAUCACCACUUUUGAUAACCAAACGACGAUCACAAUCAGCAUUUAUGAAGGGGAGCGUGUUCUUCAAAAGCAUAACAACUUGCUCGGUACGUUCAGUCUAACUGGAAUACGCGCCGCAAAAGAGGGUGAAGUUAAAAUACUGGUGAACUUUGAACUGGACGAAUCUGGUUGCUUGACCGUAUCAGCUGAAGAGACAGAAGGCAGCAGGAGGAACCAAAUCGUUAUCCAGCGAGCACAACGUCAAUCAGGGGAACGCGUGGUGGAACGUGCAACAUAUGGUGCAGAAGGCCAUGAGGAAGAAGACAAGAAGCAUUUGGAACGUCGCGAACGAUGGAAUAUCGCCUAUCGCAGUAUUUUUCAGAUGAAACGAAACAUCGAGGCAAACAUUCCCGAACCACGGAAAAGUGUCCUUUUAGAAAAAUGCGAUGAAACUGCUCGGUGGUUUCGUGCCAACGAGCUUGUGGACGAUGACGUGUGGAAACCGAAAAUGGACGAUUUACAUUCACUAUGUGGCAUA